UUUAUUCUUAAUUACACUGUAGCCUUAUUCUUUCACCUAAAUUUCCUUGUUUUCCACAUUCAAUCAACACAUGAAAACAUUCUUUCACUAUUUACAGUUAUCGUGGAUAAACUUGUCAGCUAGUGAUUUUUACUUACUUUUAAUGCAUCUUUAGUGGUACUAAUAUAUUUCCUUUUAGUGCAUUUUAACACAGGUUCCACAGCUAGCUUCAAUCCAAAAAAGUGUGAAGUAAAAUCUUGAAGAAAGGAGAGUAUAUUUCACAGCUGGUAAUUGUAUUGAAUGAUAUAUACUUUCCUCUAUAAUGGUGCUUUGCUUUUUUUAGCUUGAGUAGCCUUUGAGAGUAUGCAAAGAAUAACUUCUUUUCUUGCUCUUACAUUCUGUUGCAUUGGUUGUAAAAAUAGAGGGCUUUGAAAUAAGUUCUUGAAUUCUUGAAUUAUGCAAAAAAAUUCUUGUUUCUUGAUACUGAAUGAGCAUAGUGUGAGUUUCUUGAUUUUUAAGGAUCUUGUAAUUUGUUGUUUUUAAGUGGCUUAAAUGGCUCCAAGAUUGAAUUUUUUUGAUUGGUGGGGUAAGGAAACACAGAGGGGAACACCAGUGAUAGUGAAAAUGGAGAACCCCAAUUUCUCCAUUGUUGAAAUUGAUGGUCCUGAUUCUGCAUUUAAGCCAAUAGAGAAGAGUAGAGGCAAGAAUGCUAAGCAAGUGACAUGGGUUUUGCUUCUUAAAGCUAAUCAAGCUGUUGGCUUUGUUGCUUGGUUUGCAACAAUUUUAUGGACUUUGUUUGGUACUAUCAAGAAUAGGCUUAUUUUUAGAGAAGGGGUUUCUCUUGCAAGUGAGAAACUUGGAAAAAGUAACCUACUUUUCAGAAUAAUCAAAGUUUGUUUGGUGAUUUCUUUACUUAUGUUGGCCUUUGAGAUUGUUGCUUAUUUCAAAGGUUGGGAUUAUUUUCAGAAUCCAAGUUUGUAUAUUCCACAUACUUCUGAUGUUUUGGGGUUGUUCCAUAUAACUUAUGUUGGUUGGUUGGAUUUUCGUGCUGAUUAUAUCGCGCCUUCUGUUCAAAAUCUUUCCACAUUCUGUACUGUUUUAUUCCUAAUUCAGUCGUUAGAUCGUUUGGUACUUUGUUUGGGUUGCUUAUACAUAAAGUUCAUGAAGAUUAAGCCAAGGAUUGAAGGGGAUCCGUUUAAAUCGGAUGAUCUUGAGGGAUCAAACAACAGCUACCCUAUGGUUCUUGUGCAGAUUCCUAUGUGUAAUGAAAGAGAGGUAUAUGAGUUGUCUAUAUCGGCAGUCUGUCAACUUGAUUGGCCAAAAGACCGUUUGUUGAUUCAAAUUCUUGAUGACUCUGACAAUGAGUGCAUCCAAGAUUUAAUAAAGUCAGAGGUCGCUAAAUGGAGCCAAAAGGGUAUCAACAUAAUAUAUAGGCACCGUUUGGUUAGAACUGGUUACAAAGCGGGGAACCUGAAGUCUGCAAUGAGCUGUGACUAUGUGAAGGAUUAUGAAUUUGUUGCAAUCUUUGAUGCGGACUUCCAACCAACUCCAGAUUUUCUGAAGCAGACAGUCCCUCAUUUCAAGGACAACCCUGAACUAGGAUUGGUUCAAACGAGAUGGGUAUUUGUUAACAAGGACGAAAACUUGUUGACUCGUCUCCAAAACAUUAAUCUGUGUUUUCAUUUUGAGGUGGAACAGCAGGUGAAUGGCGUAUUCUUGAACUUCUUUGGUUUCAAUGGAACGGCCGGUAUCUGGAGAAUAAAAGCCUUAGAAGAGUCAGGAGGUUGGCUUGAGAGGACAACUGUGGAAGAUAUGGAUAUUGCUGUCCGUGCUCAUCUCAAUGGCUGGAAAUUCAUAUACCUUAAUGACGUGAGGGUCCUUUGUGAAGUUCCUGAAUCUUUUGAAGCGUAUAGGAAGCAACAACAUCGGUGGCAUUCUGGCCCGAUGCAACUCUUCCGAGUGUGUCUUCCUGCUAUUGUUACUUCCAAGAUAUCAAUAUGGAAGAAAGCCAACUUAAUACUUCUUUUCUUUUUGUUGAGAAAACUCAUUCUUCCCUUCUAUUCAUUCACAUUGUUUUGUGUAGUUCUUCCUUUAACCAUGUUUAUCCCGGAAGCUGAGCUCCCUUUCUGGGUAGUUUGCUACAUACCUAUUCUUAUGACACUAUUAAACAUUCUUCCGGCACCAAAAGCCAUUCCUUUCAUCGCCCCUUACCUCCUUUUCGAAAACACUAUGUCAGUCACAAAGUUCAAUGCUAUGGUAUCCGGACUUUUCCAAUUAGGAAGCUCAUAUGAGUGGGUUGUCACCAAAAAAGCAGGUAGGUCUUCUGAAUCCGACCUACUGGCCGCUGCUGAAAAGGAUUUAAAAGUGUCGGGAGCACCACAAAUUAGCAGAUGGGCUUCUGAAAGUGAACUCUCUGUGCUAAACCGAUUGAACAAACAGAAAGAUGAAACUUCUACACCUGUUAAGAAGAGCAACAAAAUAUACAGAAAAGAGCUAGCUCUUGCUUUCUUACUGUUAACGGCAUCAGCCAGAAGCCUUUUAUCGGCUCAUGGACUCCACUUUUACUUCCUUCUUUUCCAAGGAGUGACGUUCCUUCUUGUUGGUCUCGAUCUUAUUGGCGAACAGAUUAGCUAAUAUUGCUCAACAGAGGAGAAACAGCCACCUACUUAUCGUGUUCAAGAACUUAUACACUUUGUCUCGUCUGAACUUUGUACCAGCAGAACAACAGAGACCAGGGAAUAGCUCGGGUAUUUCCACUUAUUGACUUCUGCUAUAUGAAGUGAAGCCAAUUAGGAUUUUGUACGCAAGAUGACUAUGCCAUUGCCUGUGUGAGUUCCCUAAUGUUAUUAGAUAGAGUAAUUUGUUGUCAGUCUUUUACAGAGAAGUCAAUUGUUUGUCAAUAAUACUAUAGGUAGAAGCAAUCUUAUUUUUUUUUAUUUCCAUUUAUUUCUGAAUUGGUAUUUUUCAAUCAGUAAGUGUGCUGUUUAUGGCAUUUGACAUUCAUCAUAUUGUGUAUAUAAGGAUCUAAAUGGCUAAAAAUACUUGCUUUUCAAAUUCUUGGAAUUUCCUACUGUAAUGAAUGAGACAACCUACCUUCCAUGAA